AUGGCUGGCCACAUUGACAAAAUUUCCCUUCUUUUGGUAUUCUUGAUACUGAAGUUUUUGAGCUCCUGUGUUUCUCUUGAGAAUAUGCUAGUGGUGGUGGACCUUUUUACUGACAGAUCUGAUGCUCUAUGUUCUUCCACACCCGUGUCUGAAUUGUGUGUUGGGCCGAAGGAUUAUACGAGGAAUGCAUAUAUGGAAGCUGAUCUACAAUGCUCUAAUGCCGUACAGUCUAUGGAAAAGAGGCUGAGGGCGGCUUGUAAUUCUUCUGAUGCAAAGAUAGAUAAUGUUGCCAAGGUUUUUGAUGCUCUUUUAUGUGAAUAUGAAAAAUCCAUUGAAGCUCCUGGGAAGUGGCAAAAACUUGCUGUCUUCUUGCAACAAAGUUUUGCAGGCCCGGUACUAGACCUGACCAGGAGACUGAUAGAUAAAGUUGAAUCUCACAAGAGUUCUCUCAGUUUAAACUGUCGACUGAUUGAAGAUAAGAUGACCCUGCUUAAUGAGCGACUGGAAACCAUUGAAAGUGAAAAGUCAGAGUAUAUUAAACGCUAUGACGAUGCCAUCAAUGAUAAGAAGGAACUAACUGAUGGUUAUGUGAACCGCGUAACUGAUCUGCAGGCAAGCUGUCGCUCGUUGGAUGAGAGAUAUUCUAGCUUAUCAAAAACAUUGGAUUCUACCAAGCAAGAAUCCAGGGAUUGGAAAAGAAAAUAUGAACAAGUAUUAUCAAGGCAGAAAUCUGAGGAGGACCAAGCUAGUUCUUCAAUAGAAGCUCUCAAGUCACGUUGCAGUGCUGCCGAAGCAAGGUUGUCUGCAACAAGGGAGCAAUCUCAGUCUGCUCGAGAGGAGGCUGAAGAGUGGAAGCGGAAAUAUGACAUUGCUGUUAGAGAAGCAAAAGCUGCUCUAGAGAAGGCAGCAAUUGUGCAGGAUUACACAAACAAGCAAACACAAUGGAGGGAAGAUGCUUUAAGAGAAGAGUUUUCUUGCACUUUGGCUGAAAACGAAGAUAAAAUAAAGGAGAAAACUGCCAAAAUUGAGCAUGCCGAGCAGUGUUUAACAACUUUGAAAUUGGAAUUGAAGGCUGCAGAGUCAAAAAUAAGAAAUUAUGAAUCAGAAAUAUCACCACUGAGGCUUGAAAUUAAUAAGUUGACUGAGAGAUUGAAAACUGAAAAUUCCAGGGCUCUGUCAUAUGAGAAAGAUGUGAUGGUGAUUCAACAGGAGAUUAACCAUCUAAAGGAGGAGUACAAAUCUGAGUGCAAAACUAUUGAGGAAGUCAAGGAGAGAUGUCAAAAUGCUGAAAAAGAAGCUGUAAGGGCUGCUGAAGUAGCUGACAAAGCUAGGGCUGAAGCUGACUUGGCUCAGAAGGAGAAGAGCGAGAUGCAAAGGCUUGCAAUGGAGAGGUUGGCACAUGUUGAGAGGGCUGAGAGGAAAAUUGAAAAUUUGGAGAGGGAGAAAGAUUAUUUGGAAAAUGAAUUGCUAAGAGAGGGGGAUUCAGAGACAGACGCACUUCUUAGGGUUUCAACACUAGAGGAAAAGGUGGAACAGAGAGAAACGGAUAUAGAUUCACUGUUGGAGAAAGAUGGAACAAGCAGGCGAAAUAACACACAAAUUCUUGAUCAACUCUUGGAAACAGAACGUGAAGCAUGUGCUCAGGCAAAUAGCAGGGCUGACUCUCUCUCUCUACAGUUACAGUUCGCGCAAGCAAAAAUUGAUUCUCUGCACCAAGAACUGACCAAGUUUCGACUGAAUGAAACAAUACUGGACAGUGAACUAAAAACUGCCUCUCGUGUAAAGCGUUUGAGGGUAGAUAAUGAUGUGGGUGUGGAAUCUGUUCAGGACAUGGAUUCCAGACCAAGAAUUUUGAAGGGGACAAAGAGAUCUAAGACUACAUCCAAUCCACCUGAGUUUACAAGUCUGGAUGAUGUUGGUUCCAUUAGGGGUGGUGCAGACAUCCAUAGUCAGCAUACUAACGUGGAUGAUUAUACGAGAUUUACUGUCCAGAAGCUCAAGCAAGAGCUGACAAAACAUAACCACGGUGAUCAGCUGCUUAAUUUGAAGAAUCCCAACAAGAAAGCUAUCAUUGCCCUGUACGAGAAAUGUGUUCUUCAGAAGUCAUAG